AUGUUCGCGAUUGGCGCGCUAGCAUUGACCAGGCGGGAGGCAUGUUUGGCACGAAUGUAUCCGCAGAGUGCAGGCUUUUACGGUGCCCUGGGUGCGGCAGUUGCUCUUGUCUUUGCGAAUCUCGGAUCCGCCUACGGGGCGGCGAAGGCGGGUGUUGGGGUGGCGCAGUUGGGACUGUCGGCGCCGGAGAAGAUCAUGCGUGGGAUUGUUCCUGUUGUGAUGGCGGGCAUUCUCGGCAUCUACGGACUCAUUGUUGCUGUCAUCAUCAACAACAACAUUCGAACGGAGCCGUACACGUACUCGACCUUCUCCGGUACGCUGCACCUCGGCGCAGGAAUGGCGGCCGGGCUGGCGGCAUUAGCAGCAGGGCUUUCCAUCGGCGUCGUGGGCGACACCGCGGUGAGGGCGUAUGGCAAGCAAGAUCAGAUAUUUGUGGCAAUGGUGCUUAUGCUCAUUUUCUCUGAAGCGCUCGGUCUGUAUGGGCUUAUCAUUGCACUGCUGAUGAACAACCAAGCCAAUCGAUACGGUGCCCUCUGCGGGGCAGAGUGA